AGAAAAAAAAGUUAUAAGAAACAAUUUGAAAUUAUAUUCAAAUAUACAGGGUUAUACAUAAUAUACUGACUGUUCGGAUUUAUGGCCAUCUUUGCCCUAUGUUUAAUGCGCUAUAUUUUUGACGCCGUUUUCGACUGCUGUAAUUUGAUUUGGCCAACAAUUUUUUGUAAAUUUCAUCCUAUCUAUCCUAUAAAUUUUAUCCCAUACUUGUCUUGAAGUUAAUUCAAAUCGUCGAGUCAAAAGAAAAAUAUUAAUUUUCGUGAAAGAAUCCAUAACACUAAAUAUAAUCCAUAACAACCCUACAUUGGAUGAUUGAGUAUAAGGGGAAUUAUUUGCUAAUGUCAUAAUAUAUAAGUUGGUUUUCCACAUAUUUGAAAAUAAUUUUAAAUUGUUUCUUUUGUAUUUAACAUUUGCUCUAAAACAAAUAAUAAACUUUGACACGCUGUUUGGACACCCUGUAUGUUUGUAUUAAAAUUAAAUUAACGAAUAUAUUUUACAAUUUACAAUCAGUCGCCAUAUUUAAUACAUUUGUGAGAGGGAAGUUUUUAAUUUCGUUAAUUUCGUCAACUUUCCGAAGUUGCUCUUCACAACUAUACCUACUUGUAGACCAGCCACGGUAAAGGAAAACGCUACCGAAAAUUUCUUCGAGGAUUUACACGAUAUGUCACUACUACACGAUUUGGGCCGUACGACAACAGGUUUUCGGUCACGAUUUCCGUAUUAUUAAAAGCUUAUAAAUAAAAGCGCAGCAGAUCGAAAAAUAAACAAUGGUCAGAAUGUGCCUUACGCUGUGCGGUCUACUAUUUUUCCUCUCGCCCGCAUUUAGUGCUUCGUAUCCGACAAACGACAUCGGGUACUUCUACCCUCAACCCUUUCCGCCCAUUUCUAUCGACGUACCAUCUCCACCCCCCGCGAUAUACCUGCCACCAGUGUUCGCGGAUGAAACUCCGCCAUCCUCCACGUAUUCGCCGCCAUUUUUAUACCCGCCUUUAACGCCUUCUGAAGACGAUAGCGUAGUGGUACCCGCUAUUCCUCCCGGUACCGGAUACCUGCCUUCCAGACCUCAGAUUAAAGUGCUCAAUAUGUCCUGCGCGACCGACAUUAAUUUCAAGUGCACUUUCCAAAUGGAAAGCUCUGUGAUUCCCGUAAUCGAACAAGGAGCGGAUGAUUGCUUAACUUCGAUGUCGACGUCAACGUUUCGGAUCGAUUUAAACGAUUCGAAUCGUAUGGCGCGUUGCGGAGUCAGGAGGUGUAACAGCUACAAUCAGAAGCGGGAUAAUAUGUGCGUGGUCGCUAGGGUACCGACGGUAAAAGGAAUUAGACUUCCGGAAGACACCGUCGUUACUCUUCAGUGUGUGCCACAGGAUAAGGUGGUUAGCACUACCAGGCACAUCAAAUUGGGCAACAAGAAUAUCCGAUCGAACGACAGAGGGCGUUCCAGCAACAACGGAAUAGUCGCCAACGGAGGCUCAAACGCAAAUUUAAACACCAGAAUUAAUAUUUUUCGAAGACGCAGCUCGAGUGACAUUUUCGAUCAACCCCUUGAAUCCAACAGCGUCAUCCAACUGGGUGAGGAGCUGCUUUUAAGGGCUGCCAUAGACGACGACAUCGCAGGCUGGAAAAAUAGUUUCGUGGGGCCGGUAGUCGUCAGUGGACUGUCAUCGAAAAAAACGGCGGUUUUGGUAAACCAAAACGGGUGCGUGAAUCCCGCCAUGAAGAACGUUUGUCCUCAACAACCCAAGCAAGUGACGCCACUGGAGACGGAGGUUCGAUUUAGAGCGUUCUUAUUCGAGGACACUCCCAGAGGCGAUGAAAUGGUACUGUCUACCAGGGUGAGGGGUUGCUUACAAUCCCGCGAUUGUUUAAGGGCCGAGACUUGCUCUACCGAAAAUCCUGGAAUAACGAGGUUCAGAAGAAACGCUCCCGGAAAAUUCGGCAAGGAAAAUAAGAGCAGCCCACUGAACUGGGACGUCGAGAAUGUAUAUUUUCGCGUGGUUCCGUACGAGAAUCCCAAGGGUACGCUUCAGCCCCAUAUCAGUACGAAAGAAUACUUAGACUUGGUUUUGCUUGGCGUCAUAUUGUUGGUUCUGUUAGUCGUUUUAUUAUACCAAAUAUCCAGUAAAUAUAAAAUGUAAACAAAAAACAAAUUGUUAUUAUAAUAUUAUUAAUUAGUGUUACUAAGGAAACUAAAUAUACAAUUAAAUACUUUUUUUUUAAAUAUAAACCAAAAGCUGUCUCAAAGAACCACUAAAUUCGAAUUAUGGAGGUGGUCGAUACUAUUUAUAGACAGUACCCAGACCUUGCGAUAUGACCCCAUUCGGCUAUGCCGUUAAAUGCGUGGUCAUACUCAGUCAUCAUACACUAGGUGGGCUACGAAAUUUAGGAAUAUGGCGAGGUUAUCGUCCUCGUCGUCACGAUCACUUCAAUUAAUUUGUAGUCGAUUGGCGAUUUUUUUAUUUAAUUAUUACACUCACGUAGUCCGAUUGAGACUUCAUUAACAUUCGUUUUGGCAUUUGACCGCCAAAUAUGGCGCACGAAAAAAAAGGCCAAUCGAAAUUUAAUUUUAGAAUUUCCUUUAUUGAAAUAUCGAACCCGUAAAACUUCAUCCUUAGAUUAUUUGCUGCUUUUUCGUAAUAAAAAUAGCUCGAUCUCUAAUGUUGUCUGACAACUUAUUAACUAAUGUCAAUAAAACGAAAGAUAUUAACUAAAUAAAAAUUUCAGAGAGUAUAAUUAUUAAUGAAAUGUCUAAGCGCUUCGUAAAUUUUCUCCAAAUGAA